AUGUCUUGUCUUUUUGGCUCAGGAACAUCACACCUGCAAACCAAAUGGAACCCGUUGCGCAACUAUGAGCACGAAAAGGGAGGAUCAUGCUGCGAUUUGCAGGGCCUACGUUUCAACUUCCCUGGCUUUCGAUAUGAGUCCAAGCGGCCACGGGAUGCCGUGUUGGGGAUAUUGUACGAUCGAAGUUACAUUGGCGCCGAGUACGUGGCGUGGAAAGAUGUUGACAUUCGGCUGCGUCAGCCUGCGGAAACGCCCCUUAAUGUUAACGAUCUUGAAUGUGUGAUGAGUAUACGUUACGCAAAGGGCACGAAGCUUGGGGCAUUGGACAGGAUGGAGUGGAAUCUGUUAUAUGUCCCAAAGCUUAUCCUGCUUGUUGCAUUUCGUACGGGGCAACUAGCCGAGCCUAAUGUGGAAUCCGUACUCGAGAUAUACCGCGGACGCGAUGAACGUUGGACCAAAGAGCAGGAGUAUGAGGAGUAUGUCGAGAUUUCUACUCCACCUAUCACAUUUGCGUCCUCUGAAGAAACAAUGGCUUCAACCUCCGGUCCGUUGAUGCCGACAACAUAA